ACGUCGAUGAUGUCUCACUAGUGGAAAUAACUGUUAAAGUUUGCUCAGAAUCCUGCAAUAAAAAAAUAUUGUCGCGUGUAUUUAUUCUUGCCGAUAUAUCGUUUGAUGUAACGGUGAAUCGGGAAUAUCGGCGGAACGGGAGAGUUGCCGAAGGAGUGGUAGCCCUGCGGUUUGUCAGUUUCAUUUUUUCAUGGUGUCUGCGAGCCGUUGUGUAGUGUUGUGAGUGAAAAUUUGUGGAAAUCCCGUGAAAAACCGCCUGGAUUAGCAGAAAUUUCACACGAGAGAGAAGAAAAGACUUUGAAGAACGUGCAGAUUCUACGGAGUUCGCAUCGUUUGAAGUGCGCUGCGAAGGUUUGGUCAUGAUGAUCAUUCGAGGGCUCUGAGGCACGACUGUCGUGUCGACGGAUUAAAAUAACACUCUUCCAUCGCCCUUUGGUCACUGUGGGAGUCUGAAUUGCAUCGUCGUUCCGCGUGUAUUUGGCAGCCAAGAGGAGAUAGAAUUCAUCUUAGGAUCGAGUGAUUGGUGAAAGACCUCGACGUUCGGAGGAGGAGAAAACCCUCGUGAAGUGCAGCACAAUGGGUGUUGCGGGGUGAAGAGAACCGAACUGCAAAUCGGUGUCUCUCAUCUAUGAUAAUUGCGCACAGGAGAAAACACAUAUAGACUGAAAAAGGGAUUUUUCACAUUUGGAAGAAUCGACAGCCAUUGCAGAGUUGCAGAUUUCCGACGAUCGGAGGAAAAUUCAUAACUCUUCGAAGACUAUUGCUCAAGGCGUGGUGUUUUCGGCAAGGAAUUGCACAAGGAAAUUCUCGAGAGAAGUGCCAAUCAGAGGAUUUUGAAAUAAUUGACACACUUUAGACCUUUCUGCUGGAUUUCAGAAAGGGGAAGGAAAAAGUCAAUAGAGAUUGUUAGAAUAGUCAUCUGGCAAUUAGCAAGUUGAUCAGAAGCGGAAGGUGCAGAGGACAAAAUCCUCUGUGUGAUUCAUGCUUGUUCGGUGCACAGCGAGAAGACAACAAAGGAAGACGGGAAGUUAGUUGUCGUCAAGUUGAGUAGUGAAGAAAUUGCAAAAAUAGCCAGAGGAGGAGAUCGCUGAGAGGAAGAAUGCAAUGGAGGAGCGACAGAAAUAGCCAAAAUACGUGGCAUUAAGCGAGAAGAAGAGUAUUUAAAAGAGUUUUCUGCAAAAAGGCUGAGAAUCACCACUUUGUAAUGCCAGUCAUGAAGCCACCAGCGGUGGAAACGAGUCAACAGCAACAAUCUACAUGUGCCAUAAAGCCUUCCUUGUCCAUGACGUCACUUCCGCCGCCCAAUGGGCAGCACGAAAGUGGCGAACUGGCGAGACUCCGCAUCGACAGACCCUAUCAUAGUCUCAAGAAGAAACGCGACUCAGAGCGCGAGAUUUGGAGGCGAUCUUGGGAGAGUGGCCACAGUCACAGUUCUUGCAGUCUCCAUAGCAAUGCCACGAACGCCGGUUCGGGCACGGGAAAGGAUGACUUCUGGGCGGCUCUGCAGACCAACUACAACUAUAUCAUGGACACCAAUCUCAUCGACAGCUGUCGUGAGGCCCGUGGCGAGUGCGAUGGGAGUGCUCAGCUGGCGGAUCAACAGGUGGCCGAGUGUUCCGAGAAGUCAAUAUUCCAGACGUCAAAGUCUCAAGGAUCCGUGGUGGAUCCACGAAGACUCCGCCGAUGGUUGCGCGAGAUGGAGAAUCGCAUCGAGAAGUCACCAUCAUUGUCAGAGGCAAUGAAGAUGAAACCUGGUGAACUUCAGCACAGAUUGACAGAACACUCGGAUUUGUACCGUGAGAUUGUGUCUCAGGCUCGUGUUGUUGGUGCCUGCAUCAGAACAGCUGAGAAGGAGGCGUCCGAGGAGGCAGUCACCACUGACAAGUCCACAUCUCCCGCCUCGUCAUCCAGUCGCCGUGGAGAUGGGAAUCUGAAAGGAUUGGAGAGGCGCUAUCACUUGCUCUAUCUCAAGGCGUUUGAGGUUCAGUGCAUGCUCGAGAGUUUACUGGGCCGGAGAGGAUCACCGAGUCCGGACGUCUCGAGAUCGCAGUCAGACACUGAUGAGGAGCCCGUGGCCAAGCAGGCGAGAUUGAGCAGCUUAUCUUCAAUCUGCGGAUUCAACUCCAGGCGCUGUCUUUACCAAGAUAACGAUGAGAAUCGCUCUGAUGAUGAGUGGGGAAAUCCUCUAGCUCAGGCGGCCGGAUUCGAGGCUGACUCUGAGGGGAGUGAUUGUGAGGUGACGCAGAAGCCCACAAUUAGUUCCCUGAGUUCCAACAGCAACUCAGGAACGCCCUUUUCCUCGCUCACACUGCCGGACAUUCAGCUGCAGCAGCCGACAGCUCCAGCGAGUGACGCGAAAGUUGAUCAGGCUGUGGGAACAAUGGACACAGUGGAUACCGUGGAUGCUGGAGAGAUGACAACGACGCUCGUCACGCAGGUGAUGGUGGCCGAGGAGAGCCCCAAGGCGAAGACGCCACAGAAGAGAUCACGCAAGGUGGACAUCUCGAAGUUCAACAGAUCCAAUCGCAAGUCGAAGAAUUGUGCCAUUUUCUACUUUCGCCACCUGGACACGGAUGGCGAGCAGAAGGGAUUCUCGGGCAGUGAAGCGUUCAAAUCCAGUGAACCGUCUACGGAUGAAGAGUGGUAUUACACAAAUAAUGGUGCUGCCGAGGAGAAUAAUGAGACGCAGAAUGGGAAUCAUCAUCAUGACGAUGAGGAGCCAAAUCACACACUUGUUAGCUCGCCAGUGAUUCCCAGUGCAGCUGACACAAUCGAAGCCAAACAAGAUUGUGUGACGCCAGUCGUGGAAUCGACCACGAAGCGAGCAAUCAAGUGCUCCAAGGAAUCGAUCCAUCAACUCGUGCUGGAUGCUGAGAAUCUCAUUCGCGAGGAGACCACGAAGAAAUCGUGCAGCGCUCUGGCCGAGGUGAUGCUGAUGUCAUCAAGUUCUUCGUCACGUCGCAAGUGUGAGAAGAAAAUGAUGCACAAUCCGAAAAUAAAGCGUGUUCAGGAGUGGCUCGAACACCAGCCAACUGACGUGAUGGCCAAUCCACCCUCUGUGCCGACAACAGACUGCGAGGCUUCCGGCGAGUACACGGAGAGCGACCGUGAGAUCACGGCCCGUGACUCGGACACAUCCGAGGGUUUGGCAGACUCUGUGGCCACUUGCCUGCAGGGCGGCGAGGCGAACAGCAACUCUCAGGCCACAUCGACGGAAGUGAUUGGAGGCUCGGCCGAACCCUUGCCGACGGGACAGCUUGAGAUUGUGACACCGGGCAGUGUAUCAGUGUCGGGACGAGUUGUGAUGCGAGGAAAGCGUCGGAACUCAGACCGACCCUGGUCAGUGUCGAGUCUCUCCCAGUUGACCCAGACGAUGGGCAAGAGAACGGUGGUGAUCAACAAUCAGCUGGCCACGUUCUCAAUCAGUGAGUCGGCGCUUCACACUCUUUCGGCACCCUUGACGCCAGGUGGUCCGGCAACCGGUUCCAUUGGCAAUUCCGACAGCAAGAGCUCACUGAAGAAACACCGGCGACUCCGCAUGAAGAAGCGAUCCAUUGGUCGGAAGAGUGACUCGGGGUCAGAUGGAGCACCUGUGAAGUCUCUGGUGAAGUCCGAAUCAUUUUCCGGGCAGUCCAACUUUGUGCAGGAGCAACUUUCUCUCUUGACCAUCUCGCGGAGGGUGAGACAGACAAAGUCCACGAGUUCGGAGAUGGAGAGCGAGGAGGAUGGAUUGGCGAAGCCAACCUUCCGCCUUGGCUCUGUGACGAAUGUCUUCCCUAGCACAGCGUUGGCGCCCAAUCUGGGCUCUCUGGCUGCUCUUGCCAACUACAAUGGUGCUUGCAUAGACGUGCUGAAGACGCACGUGUCGGAGGAUCUGAGCUCAGAACAGGCGUGGGAUAAUUACCAGGAAAAGUACAACUCGGAGAACUACUCUGAGGGACUGGAUUCGGACGCCGCCAGGCGUUUGCUGGAGUUCGGCGAUGAUUACAGGAACUUUCUGGACUCUCAGUCAGAUUGUUGCUCGUCUUCACUGUCGGCAGCGAACAAUCUGGACUCCUUGUCACCACCGCGGUACAGAAAGCAGCUCUUCAGUUCACCGGAUUGCAAAUCGCCGGCUGUGCUGGAGACAAAUGCACACGCCAGUGAAAGUAAUGCGAUCCGGAGACGUCGUGCGCUUGAGUAUGCUGAGUACGAGCGCAGGAGGAGACGCUACUCUGAUGAUCGGAGAAAGUCUUUUGAGUCGUCACACUCCUCGUCGAGGCUGUCGCCGAAGAAUGGCAAGAGUGGAUCUCUGGGCGGCUCCACGGAUGCUGUAAUGCGCCGGAAGCAGUCGGAGAGCGAUAGUUCGGCGAAGAGGCGCAGCGGAGGACGGCUGAGCGGGUCCUUCCGCCCACUGUCGUCCACGUCGGAGUCUUCGAGUGGCGGCAGUGACUCAGAGGCCGAGGUGGAGAUGCGCAAUCUGCUGUCUCAGAGCCGCCAGCGCUUGGAGCACACGGAAGCCCUCCGCGUGCGGCGCCACCUGCUGCGUCCGGAAGACUAUGCGGAAAUAAUAGCCACAUGUCGUGACAACGUACACUGCUUGGAGGCAGUUCUGCGGGGCCCCAGUGUGACGGUUCUGUCGACAUCGCGCUGCCAGGAGACACGAGAAUUACUUUCAUCAUGGGAAAGUCUGCUGAAUUGGAGUGAAACCGCCUCAGUUGCUCGUCAACUGCAAGAGGAGAUGUCCGUGCUGAAAGGUGCUCUCAAUCGUAUUGGGAAUCGUGCUCUUGUCCUGGACUCUGAGGCCGCUAUUCAGGAUGCCAUUGAGGAGUUGCAGGAGGAGAAGACGAAAUUGCAUGGUCACAGAUCGACGAUGCUGAAGCUGAACGCUUCGGUGCACAGUUGGCUGACAAGGCAGGAGCUGGAGAUGAGCAAAUACAGUGCUCAGAGCCACAUUCUCGGCGCUGUUACACUCGUGGACGCCACAGAUGCCACGGUGGAUCUGGAGAGGACAAUCACAUGUCCUGAGGGUGAGAAGGAGAGAGUUCAGCAGUUCUUCGACACGGAACUCCAUGCAUUGCUCAAGGACAACGUGAGCGACAUGUACGGCGCAUGGGAUGAGGCGGAUCACAGGAUAAAUUUGCAGCUGGAGAGUUUGGUGAGCUCGCUGCAGACGUGGAAGCAGCUGGAGAGUGGACUGGUGGAGUUUCAGGAGGCGCUGGGCAAGGACAAGGGCGCCCUCAAGGGAUUGCGUGGGGCUCUGGAGUCCGGACGCACAACGCCAGUGGAUUUGGCCCAUGAUGUGAAGGAGGUGGCGAAGUUGCUCUCUGAGAAGGUCGAGAUGACUCUUCAGAGCAAGCUCCAGUCGGAUAGUGUCUUCCUUCAUCCCUCAACUGCCAUUCUGUACCACGGGAAGUCCUCGUCGAAUGGCUCUUUGUCCGAUAGCGGCAUCUCAGACGGCGGCUGUGGCUCUGAUGGUGGACUGUCGGAGCGCGAGCGGCGUCUCGGGACGCUGAGGAGGCUGGCGAAGCAGCUGGAGAACGCCUUGGCGCCCGGCUCGGCUGCUCUGCAGUCCAUCUUCCGGCGCAUGGAGGCGGCCGAGAGCGAAUUGAAGCAGCUGCAGGACACUUGUCGUGAGCUGAUUGUCCGCACCACGGCCGUGACGCAGAAGGCGCCGUCCCACGGCGGCAGCUCGGAGGAGUCUGAGGGUCACAAGGCGACUGGGGUGCAGAAGAAGAAAUCCAGUCAAAGCAAGCGGAAGAACAAGAGGCGUUCACCGCAGAGCAGUCUCGUGGUGGGAAGUCCAUCGGCGGCGCGAUCGGCGGUGCCGGUGACGAUUGAGAAUGCUGCGGCGCUGGUGAAGGGUCGCCGGGCGGUUCUGUUGACCGCCGAUGGGGAGCCUGAUGAUCCGGACGGCGGUGCGGGUGGGUGUCUGGAGGAGGUAGAGGACGAGGGCGAGGGGAAGAAGCAGAGGUGGGCAUGGAGGGUGGCCAGGAUUGCCAUUCCCGUGCAGAUCGCCUUGGUGUCUCUCUUCUGCGCCGCGUGCUUUCUCGAGCCUCACUGCUGUGAUGCCAUCAACAACUUCUCCAUGAGCUUCACGCCGCAGCUCAAGUACAUCCGCGGCCCACCGCCCAUCUAGACUGGAGCCUUGACAGGAGCAGCGUAAUCGAGGUAUACGUACAUAUUAUGCCACUCAUCAUGACGCUUGAGUUAACAGCCCUCAAAAGUGUUCUUAUCUCUCGCCAGAAAGCGGCGAGAGCGCAUAACCUUAGAUAUCAGAGAAAUAUUCCUACAUAGUUCCAUUAUAGUUAUAUAUUUUAUAAUAAGAAAGAGAAAUAUUCUUACCAAUAUUUUUGUUCUUAGCCUAAUCCCGACAUUAUCAUAUAUUUCUUCUCUUAAUAUGAAGUUUGAGACAAGAUAGAGUUAAUUGAAAAAUGCACAGCAUUUGAGCUAUGAAACUGGCAAAUGAAAACCACACACACAAACACAUAAUUGCCAGUAGAUUUCGUAAGUACCUUAAAGAACUUUUAGACUAUUUUUCUCCCUAGAAGGAAACCCUUUAGAGUGUCUUAAUUCUUAAUGGAGCAACAAAACUAAUGAGAUAGAGAUUAAAAAAUAUAACGAAUAAUUGCAACGAAGAAGAUAAAGAAGAAAAAGAGAAUUGAGAAGAUGAUUUAUAAAAAAAAAUAUAUCACGAUAAAAAUUGCUUUUUAGAAAUAUCCUUAGUUUUGCCAUAGGAUUAGAAGAGAAAAAAAGCAAAAGAAAAAACACAAAAAGAGGGUGUUUGGUGAUUUUUAUCAUGAUUAAUCUUAUCAAAUUUAUUUAUCAAUUUCACAUAUGAAGUACUUAAGGACCAACACACACGUUUAAUAUGAGUGCCUCUUGAGCAAUUUAAGUAUAUUUUUUAAUCAAUCUUUUGAAACUGACUUCUACGAUGGAAUAGGAAAGGAAAAAACUGCCACCCAAGAUGGGAGAUUUUAUAAAAAAAAUAUAAACAGAAAAAGAAUGAAUUAGUUUUCUUAGAGAAUAUUUUCUUCUAUUCUUCACUCUCAAAAAGGCUCUUAGCUAGAUGGUAAAGAUGAAUAUAUUUAAAUGAGAAAGAAGAAAUAUUUAGAGAUAUAUCUAUUAUAUUAAUAGAAAAUAUGAUUAAUCCCACUCUUUCAGUGAAUUAACCCUCCUUGUUUUUAUUAUCUUAUUGCAUCUGUCUAUCUGUCUAUUCUCGUGAAAUAUUAAUUAUUAGACUAAUAACUAAUAUUUUAUAUAAAUCAAUUUAUUGUUUAUCAAAAUUGUAUUUAACUUUCUGAAAUGACCCUAAUUUUAGAAUUGAAUUGAAUCACCGCAUUUUUGAAAGGUGUAAAACUCUCUUUUCUUUCAUUUCCCCAGUAAGAAUAGCCGCAGAAUCUACCUUUUUGUACUUUUAGCUCAACUUUUUAUCGCAAUAAAGGUAAUUUUUGAAUUCC